AAUCGGUGUGUUCAGUGGUGUUCGUUGUCUGACUCAGGACCUACUCAGAAUGUGUGACGACGACGUUGCCGCCCUGGUCGUGGAUAACGGAUCAGGUUUGUGCAAGGCUGGAUUCGCCGGGGAUGACGCUCCCCGGGCCGUCUUUCCGUCAAUUGUAGGUCGCCCAAGGCAUCAGGGUGUGAUGGUCGGUAUGGGUCAGAAGGACUCGUAUGUCGGCGAUGAGGCCCAAUCGAAGAGGGGUAUCCUCACUCUGAAGUAUCCCAUCGAGCACGGUAUCGUUACUAACUGGGACGAUAUGGAAAAGAUCUGGCACCAUACCUUUUACAAUGAGUUGCGUAUCGCUCCUGAAGAGCACCCUGUACUGCUCACCGAGCCUCCUCUUAAUCCUAAAGCCAACCGGGAAAAGAUGACCCAGAUCAUGUUUGAGACUUUCAACACGCCCGCCAUGUAUGUUGCCAUCCAGGCCGUGCUUUCUCUAUACGCUUCUGGUCGUACCACUGGUAUUGUACUUGAUUCCGGUGAUGGUGUCUCCCACACCGUGCCUAUCUAUGAAGGUUACGCUCUGCCCCAUGCCAUCCUCCGUCUCGAUCUUGCCGGCCGCGAUCUGACUGACUACCUCAUGAAGAUCCUCACUGAACGCGGUUACUCGUUCGUGACUACGGCUGAGCGUGAGAUUGUGCGUGAUAUUAAGGAGAAGCUGUGCUAUGUCGCCCUUGACUUUGAGCAAGAAAUGGCCACCGCAGCCUCGUCUUCUUCCCUUGAGAAGUCGUACGAGCUGCCCGAUGGUCAGGUGAUUACCAUCGGUAACGAACGUUUCCGUUGCCCUGAAGCUCUUUUCCAGCCCUCAUUCAUCGGCAUGGAGUCAUGUGGUAUUCACGAAACAACGUUCAAUUCGAUCAUGAAGUGCGACAUUGAUAUCCGUAAGGACCUGUAUGCCAACACUGUGCUCUCCGGUGGAACCACUAUGUACCCCGGUAUUGCUGACCGUAUGCAGAAGGAAAUCACCUCGCUGGCCCCCUCCACCAUGAAGAUCAAGAUUAUCGCUCCCCCCGAGAGGAAGUACUCCGUCUGGAUCGGUGGUUCGAUCCUCGCUUCCUUGUCCACCUUCCAGCAGAUGUGGAUCUCAAAGGAAGAGUACGAUGAGUCCGGACCUGCUAUCGUCCACAGAAAGUGCUUCUAGACAUAUUCGUCACAGCUUCAGAUCAUCAAGUCACACUGAAUGUAUACCGUCGAAGCCGCAUCACAUUGGCGCACCAGUUGUCCGCAACACUCGACCGCAACUGUUGUCUGCCAUCUGCGCCAUCGCACGCAAGCAGUACGUUGGAUACGUGCUUACAGUUUCUAUAUCUCUUUAUCGUUUGCACGCUUGUUGCACGUUGUUGAAAGGCCCAUUUAACGUCAAUGGAGGGCUAGGUCAAUAAAGAAAAUCUGCGCGUUCCAUCUUUA